AUGGCGGAGGCUACGAUAAUGGUGCUGAAGGACGUUGAUCUAGGGUGUAAACGCUGUCACAAGAAGAUCAAGAAACUGCUCAAUAAAAUUCCUGAAAUACUAGACUGGACUUUCUUUGAGAAGGAAAACGCUGUGAUGAUCAAAGUGGUAUCCAGCUCCCCUGAGAAUAUCAAAAAGCAGCUUCUCAGUGAAGGUGGCGAAACCAUCAAGAAGAUCGAGGUACUCGAGAAAAAACCUAAACCUCCAGCAGACAAGCCAAAAGGGGCCGAGGAAAAGCCACCGACUCCAGUACGAGGGUGCCCACCAUUCUAUCCAACUGGGGUGUGCUGUAACUGUAAGCCAUGCUCUGAGGGGCGUGGUGGUAGCCCAUGCCACCAUGGCUGUGGGAUUCCGUGCCAACCACCAUCCCAUGAUGGAUAUGUGAGGCUAGUGCCAUCCUUUGGUGGCUGGACUUCUGGGUGUCGCUGUAACAGAAGCUGUGGUGGUUGCCGCUGUGAAAUCUUUAGUAAAGAAAAUCCCACAUGCACCAUCCUGUGAAUCAUACUCCAUUAAUGUGAUUGUCCUUGUCUGGUUCCUUAAUUCCUUCUCUUAGUUGGGUGUUGAGUCAGUUCUUUCGGGCCGGUUCUUUUCUCUUCCACGACAUUAAGGUUGUAUAGGCCAAUUGAUUAAUAUUAAUGUUUGUGGACUAAUAGAUGUCGAUUUCAUCAUCCUUAGAUGAUAGAUUGUUCUGACCACAUUCAUCAAGUAAG